CCAAAUAACCGAAGCGUUUGCUUUUUUCAUGUUGGAACCAGGAAAAUUUUGACAAUUGCGUGUGCCGACUGUCUAUCCUAGGCAGCAGUUGUUGUUGUUGCCCAGACCCCAGACCCGAGAAUGUGCGCAAUCGUCGUUUCCAUCGAAGUUUUGAAAACACAAACAGCGCACUUGGACACGGACAGUGUAGUGUAGACAAUAAAACACCUUAAGUAUGUGGGGGUACUAAGCCCUUGGUAUUUAUGUAUACGAAUAACCCCGCGUACUUCUUAGUUCCCUUUAAGUGCUUUUCUCCGAUUUCUCCAAAACGCUACUAGAAACGGGUCCUUAGUAGCACCUUAGUAGCAGCAGCUUAAAAUUUUAAGUUUCCACCAAUAGGAGCGAGACUCGUAGCUCAAACGGGUGACGAUAUUCAAAUGAGUAGUGCUGUUUCUCCUGAAUCGAUACGAAACUUGGCACUACCUUAAUUAUCGAUAUAGAAAGUCAUGAUGGGUAUAAAAGGCGGCCCUUUUGGCGUUCAAAUUCUACUCUCCAAACUGUCAAAAAUGAAAUCGUUUUCAAUUUUCUUCCUUCUACUCGUCUCGUUGGCUGUCGCCGCGGAGGCCCAACUUACCAAGCAACGAUCGUCCAGCACGUCGAAUAAUCCUUCGACAAGCCGCAACUUUGCCGCCAUUUUGAAAGCGGAAAUGGCCAUUCGAUCGAUUCCAUCCAGCGCCAAAGCGUGUUUGGACCGAUUUUCAAUGGCGGCCAACGGAACUGUCCGUCCCACCAUUUCCAACUCCAUCAACGGGCAGAGGCAGUGCAGCUUCUUCAUAGACGCACCCGCCAAUAAACUCAUCCAGAUGACCUGCUCGGUCGUCAGACUAAAUAGUUCGGGUGCCGAAUUAGUUAUUUACGGAGGUGCCGAAAUCAACGUCAAUCCGCCCGUCGUCAAUCGAAUUUACACUUCAAGGAGCAACAACAUGUUCCUGUUUUCCAGGGUCGACAAAACCGACUGGUUCGACUGCAAAUGGAAAAUGAUUCCCGAACCACAAACAACUGAAUAUCAACUUUGUCGCGAUGGAACGUCCGCCACUCCCAACGGGACCAUUCAGCUAUCAGCGGACGAUACCAGCACAGAUCCGAGAAUGUGCAUGUUUGUCAUUACCGUUCCUUCCGACCACCGAAUUCAGUUGAUGUGCACCAACGUUACACUCACCAGCCCAGAAAACUUUUUACAGGUCCAAACGAUUUCCGAAACUGUGAUAGCCGAUCCACCUGCAAUGAAUCGGGUCUACACUUCGACCAGCGAAAUCAUUUACCUGUUUUCUCAAUUCAGCAAUCAAGACUAUUUCAAAUGCCAAUGGACGACGGUGAUGAUCCCACCACUGACAACUGAUAACAAACUCUGUCGGGAGACAAUCACGAAAUCUGCCAGCGGACACAUUCAACCGUUAAUGGCUAACGGCACAAAUGUUCAACCGAAUUCUUGUUCGUUUAUCAUCGAAGUGCCUCCUAAUCAAUUGACUGAGAUUUCUUGCCCGGUCAUCAAUUUCACUAGCCCAGGCAGUUAUUUGCAUUUCAGCGGAAUUUCCGAUUUAAACAUGGCCCUUACGCCUCUGGCCAACCGAGUAUACACUUCCGGCGUCGAUUUGAUUCAUUUGAAUUCUCAAAUUGACGUCAGUAAAGAUUGGUUUAAUUGCACAUGGUCAGCUGUUCCGGAACCAUCGACGACGGAUUUCAAACUCUGUCGCCAUGGAGGAACAACAUCGUCCAGUGGGACCCUCCAACCAUUUUUGGACGGUCUAACAACGGGAGAACCGAGAGAAUGCUAUUUCUUCAUUGAAUUGCCUUUGGAUGAACAAAUUGAGUUUUCGUGUUCAUCCAUUAACUUGUCAAGUCCUGGAAGUUAUUUGCGGGUCGUCGGUGUGUCUGAUUUUGACGAGAAUCCGCCCGUAGAAAACGGAAUUUAUUUGUCGAAUGGAAGGAACGUCCUUGUGUAUUCGAAAUUCAACAACGGGGAUUGGUUCGAUUGCAUUUGGGCGUCAACAACCUGCCCUGUUCCAGUGACGACAGGCGCUGCAACUUCAACGGCAAGUACAACAGCAGUCACGACACCAGCGACUACCUCGUCGACAACUACCACCGCACAGCCAACCACCUCAACAACAAUGCCAUCAACUACGUCGACCACAACAUCUGCGCCAACAACAUCGACUACACCAUCCACUACACCAUCCACUACACCAUCCACUACACCAUCCACUACACCAUCCACUACACCAUCCACUACACCAUCCACUACACCAUCCACUACACCAUCCACUACACCAUCCACUACAACAUCCACUACAACAUCCACUACACCAUCUACAACGACUUCAACAACACCCCAAACAACAACGAUUUCAACUACUACCACCGCACAGCCAACCACCUCAACAACUAGACCAUCAACUACGUCGACCACAACAACAACAUCCACUACGCCAUCUACAACGACUUCAACUACACCCAAAACAACAGUAGCCUCAACCACUACCACUCCACAGCCAACCACCACAACAACAAGGCCAUCAACUACGUCGACACAGCCAACUACAACCACGCGACCAACAACGACUACCGUCGCACCUGUGACCUGCUCUGCUGUAAUCUCGGUCUCAGGAACUCAAUCACCUUGCGGGACUUGUACGAUACUGUCGACAACCAGCGGGACAAUCCAGUCUCUUAACUACCCCAAUGACUACACUGCUAAAUUGGACACCAACUGCCUUUAUACGAUCACUGCACCACCGGGCAAGAGAAUCCAACUGACAUUCACCACGUUCGUCGUGGAACUAAAUUGGGACUUUAUUUAUGCAAGUUGAUUUAAUUCUAGUUCA